AUGAGAGGAAGGAAGAGUAGCGGCAGUGGUUGUAAUAAAGUGGUGGUUAGUGGUGUCUUUUUGUCAGUGAGCUUGAGAAAUGAUGGGCUUAUGCAGGAAUCUAAGGUGUGUUUGGUACAAAACGGAGAUAGCAAGAGCCUGGAAGAGGAGGAUAAGGUGGCUGAGGGAGGUAAUAUUGUUUUGGAGGGUAAAGAGAAACGGAAGGUUCAGGCACGAGGAGGUGUUGCUAUAAAUACGACUAAGCAUUUGUGGGCUGGUGCUAUUGCUGCCAUGGUUUCAAGAACUUGUGUGGCUCCGCUUGAGCGAUUAAAACUGGAAUAUAUAGUUCGUGGUGAGCAAAAGAAUAUAGCUGAGCUAAUCAAGACAAUUGCUAUUACUCAAGGCUUGAAGGGUUUUUGGAAGGGGAACCUUGUUAACAUUCUUCGCACGGCUCCUUUUAAAGCUAUCAAUUUUUGUGCCUAUGAUACGUAUAGGAAGCAACUGCUUAGAUUCUCUGGAAAUGAGGAAACCACGAAUUUCGAAAGGUUCGUUGCUGGUGCUGCUGCUGGCAUUACUGCGACAAUUCUCUGUUUACCGCUUGACACGAUCCGGACCAAGAUUGUUGCAUCUGGUGGCGAAGCUUUGGGCGGUGUAAUUGGUACUUUUCGCCACAUGAUACAAACUGAAGGUUUCUUUUCGCUUUACAAGGGCUUAGUACCUUCUAUCUUAAGUAUGGCGCCAUCAGGGGCAGUUUUCUAUGGCGUGUAUGACAUACUGAAAUCAGCUUAUCUGCAUUCACCGGAAGGUAGGAAGAGACUUCAGUAUAUGAGCCAUCGCGAGCAGGAAUUAAAUGCCUUGGACCUACUGGAGUUGGGACCAAUCAGGACAUUAGUGCAUGGGGCAAUUGCUGGUGCUUGUGCAGAAUUUGCUACGUAUCCAUUUGAAGUUGUGAGGAGACGGCUUCAGUUGCAAGUCCAGGCUACCAAGAUGAGUGCAUUGGCGACCUGUGUCCAGCUAGUUGAGCAAGGAGGAAUUCCAGCUCUUUAUGCAGGACUCUUUCCCAGCUUGCUGCAGGUACUUCCUUCAGCAGCAAUAAGUUACUUUGUUUAUGAGUUUAUGAAGAUUGUUCUCAAAGUGGAAUGA